AUGAUAAAACGAAAGUUGGUGAAAUUCGCUUUCGCAAGUUAUAUAAUGUUGACAUUGUACUUUUUAUGGGGCUGGAAUGCGGAAAAUACAACACGAGAAACCAGUAAAGAAAUGUCGGAAACAAUCAAAAUAGACGAGUUACACCUCGACACAGUAAGCACAACAGCUCCGAAAAAGCCGCCUCUUAUUUUGUAUUGGGGUAAAGCUUGGGGUAUAAAUGGGCCCGACGAAGGUAGUUUGAUGGAUGGAUGCACACUGACGUACAACCGAAGCAAAAUAUCGGACGCGAUAGCCGUUGUGUUUCACUUCACUAUGAUUAAUAAAAACCAAAUACCAUGGCAACAUUACAGAGACAAAAAACAGAUCUUUGUCUGGUGGUGUGGGGAAGGGCCAGGGUACUUUGGGAAAGAUGGCCUACGAGAGUUCGAUGGUGGUUUCUUUAACUGGACAUGGACAUUUAAGCGAUCAGCUGAUGUAUUACGAUAUUAUGGAUCCAGGAAAGAGGCCUUGACGUUUGUAAAAAAAGGGAAAAGGGCAAUCGAUGACCUUUGGGGAGUGACUCGUUGCAGUGGAACCAAUGGAGCAAUAAAACGAAUGGAAUAUUAUAAAGCACUUGUUACAGCUGGUUUGAGCAUUACCACGUUUGGAGGUUGUUUUCCUGACGUGGAAAACAUUCCAAAGCAAUACCCGAUGCUUUUUGAACCAAAAUGGCGAGAACAUAAGUUUUACCUCGCCUUUGAAAACGCGAUACAUUGUCGCGAUUAUAUCACGGAAAAGUUUUGGGACAACGCUUUAAAAAACGAUAUGGUCCCAGUGGUUUGGGGUCCGACAAAGGACGACGUGUUGUCGGUUGCACCGCUGAACUCCUUCAUUCACACCGACGACUUUGAUAGCCCAGCAAAACUCGCUGAGUAUUUGCAAUUUCUGGAUAAAAACGACGACGAGUACAGAAAAUACUUUCGCUGGCGAGAGGACGAGACAAUGACAGAUAAAAAGAUGAUCAGAAUGACUCAGGAACGGUACCCGGACUUAAAUAUUGAACUGACACCAAAAAGCCUAUGCGCCAGACUUCUCGAAAACAAAGAAACCAAAAUCAUUCCCUCUGUCACAGACGAGUUUAUUACUUCUGAAACGCCGGAAUGCCUUUCAUAA